AUGGCUGCAGAGAACCCCAUGGAAAAUCUCCAGGAGGAAGCUACAUGUCCCGUCUGUCUGGAGUAUUUCACAGAACCUGUCAGUCUGGAGUGUGGGCACAAUUUCUGCCGAGCCUGCAUCAGCCAGUGCUGGGAGGGAUUCGAUACAGCCACCUCCUGCCCUCAGUGCAGAGAAACUGUGCAACAGAGAAACCUCAGGCUCAACAGGCAGCUGGCAAAUGUCGUAGAAAUAGCCAAACGGCUGAGUUUACAGGCAGCAAAGGGAGCAGGAGGAGACGGGGUGUGUGGGGAACACCAGGAGGCUCUGAAGCUGUUCUGUGAAGAGGAUCAAACUCCCAUCUGUGUGAUCUGCAGAGAGUCCCGGGGUCACCGAGCUCACAGGGUCAUUCCCAUACAGGAAGCCAUUUCUGUUUGUCAGGAAAAAAUACAAGCCCAUUUGAAGACUCUGAAGGAAGACAGAGAAAAGCUGCUGGGAUUUAAAGUGACUGGAGAGAAGAGAAGCCAGGAGUAUCUGAAACAGACAGAAACCGAGAGGCAGAAGAUUGUGUCUGAAUUUCAGCAACUGCGGCAGUUCCUGGAGGAACAAGAGCGACUCCUGCUGGCCCAGCUGGAAAAGCUGGAUGAGGCAAUUGUGAAGAUCCAGAAUGAAAAUGUCAGUAAACUCUCCGAGCUGAUUUCCCGUCUCAGUGAGCUGAUCAGUGAGCUGGAGGGGAAGUGUCAGAAGCCAGCGAGUGAAUUCCUGCAGGAUGUCAGAAGCACCUUGAGUAGGUGUGAGAAGGGGAAGUUCCAGCAGCCAGAGGAGAUUUCUCCUGAACUGGAAGAGCAAGUCAGUGGUUUCUCCCAGCAAACGAUUGUGCUAUCGGAGACUCUGAGGAAGUUCAAAG